UAUGGUCAUGGUGUGACAGUGACGGAAGCUUCAUUACGUCUGAGUGUCGUGUUUUGCAGCUGUAUGUAACAUUAGGUAGUGCGAUUAACGUCAAAAAGUGUAGUGUAUCAACAUGAAGUGUGCUGUUUUUCUACUAACUCUUUGGAUCCUGGCAUUUAGCAAUGGAGAAAUGGAAGACAAUUCGUCUACACUUCAACGCUCUAAACGGGCCGGUCCAAAGGCAUUUUUCUAUUAUUACGAGAAAUUGGCAGCUGUCCGGAAACACAACGAAAAGAGGAGGUUACCCGGUGCGAGUAACAUGCAGAUUAUGUAUUGGGACUACGUAUUGGAAAACGUCGCCCAGGGCUACGCCAAUAAGUGCAUAUACAAACACAACCCCGAUAGAACGACUAGUCAGAAGAAAUAUUCCGCAGUGGGAGAGAAUCUCUUCUAUACUACAGGUGUCAGAUUAACGGCGGAUGACUUCGUAAAUUGGUGGUAUGAAGAAGUAAGCGACUACAACUAUUCUGACAACACGUGCACCGCCGGUAAGGCGUGCGGUCACUAUACGCAGGUAAUUUAUAAUGGAAUAUGCAGUGAUUUCGUCUAAUGACAAUGUUGUGCU